GAAAAGAAGAGACUCUUUGUGAUAAAACUAAGUAAGAAAUAGCAUAAAAGUAAAAGGGAAUGUCGAGUGAGGAGUUGAGGCUGGUUUCGCCGACGAUAGACAACGAUGGGAAGUUGCCGAGAAAGUAUACGAUGGCAGGUCAAGGUGUUAAGAAAGACAUCUCUCCUCCUCUUGAAUGGUACCGAUCGAUCGCUCUUUAUUUAUGACUUUGAUUCAUGAUGCUGAAACAGAGAUUAUUAAUUUUGUCGAUUUGUUAAUUAUCACAAUUCACAAGGCUUCCUAGUUGUUUGUUUUUUUCUGUUUGAAGUAACAUGUUUCCAUUUUUUAAUUAUUUUGUGGUUUAUUGACCGACCCAAAGGAUUGCAUUGAAUUAGUAAGAAUGUUGAUAUGGUGUAGGUACAACGUUCCAGAAGGUACAAAAACGCUAGCUUUGGUGGUGGAAGACAUCGAUGCGCCUGAUCCUAGUGGCCCGCUGGUGCCAUGGACGGUGUGGGUUGUCGUCGACAUACCACCAGAGAUGAAAGGCCUACCGGAAGGAUAUUCCGGCAAUGAGGAUCAGACUACCGGUAUUCGGGAAGGGAACAACGAUCACAAGAUUCCGGGAUGGCGUGGACCUCUCUUACCUAGUCACGGUCACCGUUUUCAGUUCAAGCUUUUUGCUCUCGAUGAUAAACCCAAGAUUGGUCACACGGUGACGAAAGAGAGAUUGCUGAUCGCAAUUGAAGGGCACGUGCUAGGAGAAGCCAUCUUGACGUGUUUGGCCUAAAAUAUGUCGUUCGUCGUUAUAGUCAUAACACCGUUGGAUAUGUAUCAUAGUUAAUAAUUCCAUAUCACGUAUUGAGGAUUAUCAAUGAAAUAAUUCUAGUUUCAAA